CGAAAGCCGCAUUAAACUCAAAAAGACAAAGAAAAGCAGCAGGCAAAUGGAAUCGGAGGAUGAUAUCGAUAUGCACGACGCCAACAACGAAUCGGGGGAAGACGAUUUCUACAGCGGCGGCGACGAUGAUGCUGGAGCCAUGGCUGCUUACGAUGAUUCUGAUGCCGAUAUCGCUGAUUACGAGUUCAUCGACAACGAUUCUGAUGAUUCCGAUGAUCUUGUCUCUAUUCGAAGCCAGCAAAAUUAUACCAUUUUGAGCGAAGUAGAUAUUCGUCACCGUCAAGAGGAUGAUAUCAUGAGGAUAUCUACUGUGCUUUCUAUCUCAAAAGCUGAAGCUGGCAUCCUGCUACGUUUCUAUAGUUGGAGUGUCAGUAAAGUAUAUGAUGAAUGGUUUGCAGAUGAAGAAAUGGUUCGCCGGUCAGUUGGCUUAUUGGAGAAGCCUGUGGUCCCAUUUCCACAUGGUAGAGAAAUGACUUGUGGAAUAUGUUUUGAAACCUAUCCUUAUAAUCGGCUGCACACUGCUGCAUGUGGUCAUCCUUUCUGUAACUCUUGCUGGGCAGGCUAUAUUAGCACAGCCAUCAAUUAUGGUCCUGGAUGUUUGAUCUUGAGUUGUCCUGAUCCACCCUGUGCUGCUGCUGUUGGUCAAGAUAUGAUAAAUGCAUUGGCUUCUGAUGAAGAUAGAGAGAAGUACUUGCGUUAUUUCAUUAGAUCUUAUGUUGAAGACAAUAGGAAGACCACAUGGUGUCCUGCACCUGGGUGCGAUUUUGCUGUGGACUUUAUUUUAGGCUGUGGAAAUUAUGAUGUUACCUGUCGCUGCUCAUAUAGCUUUUGCUGGAAUUGCACUGAGGAAGCUCACCGUCCUGUUGAUUGUGGCAAUGUAGCAAAGUGGAUACUGAAAAACAUCGCAGAGUCUGAAACUAUGAAAUGGAUAUUGGGUAAUUCCAAGCCUUGUCCAAAAUGCAAGCGCCCAAUUGAGAAGAACCAGGGGUGUAUGCAUAUUACAUGCACACCACCCUGUAAAUUUGAAUUUUGCUGGCUUUGCCUUGGUGCAUGGUCAGAGCAUGGUGAGAGAACUGGUGGUUUUUAUGCUUGCAAUCAUUAUGAGACAGCAAAGCAAGAGGGUGUGUAUGAUGAGGCUGAGAAACGAAGAGAGAUGGCUAAAAAUUCUCUAGAGAGAUAUACUCAUUAUUAUGAACGAUGGGCAACCAACCAAUCGUCUAGGCAAAAGGCAAUGGCAGAUCUACAGCAAAUGCAAUCUGUGCAUCUUGAGAAGCUGAGUGACAUACAGUGUCAAACUGAGUCACAGCUAAAAUUCAUCACUGAGGCAUGGUUACAGAUAGUAGAAUGUAGGAGAGUUCUAAAAUGGACAUAUGCCUAUGGAUAUUAUUUACCAGAACAUGAACAUGCUAAAAGACAGUUCUUUGAAUACUUGCAAGGUGAGGCUGAGUCUGGGUUAGAACGACUUCAUCAAUGUGCAGAGAAGGAGCUGCAGGUUUACCUCAAUGCAGAAGGCCCAUCAAAAGAUUUUAAUGAGUUUCGGACAAAACUUGCUGGAUUGACGAGUGUGACACGAAAUUACUUUGAGAAUUUAGUUCGAGCUCUAGAAAAUGGUCUAUCAGAUGUAGACACUCAUGGGGCCUGCAGCAGGAUGGGCAGCUCAAAGAGCGUGGGAGGUAGUAGCAGUAGAGGAAGAAGUGGGAAGGGCAAAGGGUCUACCUCCAGAUCCAGCGGCUCUAGCAGAAAUAUUGACAAUUCUGAUCAUUGGUCCUGCGAAUAUUGCACCUUUGCAAAUGACAAGUCAGCCACCAUUUGCCAAAUGUGCACCAAAUAA